AUGUGUGUCUCUUUAUACUUGAAGAACGGGAUAUAUGAAGCUAAUGUGACAGAUGUUGCUGAAGAAGUUUUUACAAUAACCCAGAACUAUGAGGAAAUUGAAGAUGAAGACAUUGGAUUACUGUAUGAGAUCCUGCAGCUCAUAAGGAGCCCGAAUCCUGAUGCAAAUGUAACCGGUCUCAUAGUGGAAAUAGUAAAUAACGUGAUGUUUGUCGACGAGGAUGUGCUAGCAUCUGCCCAAGAGAAUGGGAAUUAUACUACCCUCAUCGUCCAGGUAUUGGAAUCUCAGUUGAAUACCGUCGAGGUUGGUAACAGCACGCUUGCUGCAACUUAUCCUAAUAUAGCAGUUCAGGUGCUUGACGUACCUUCAGACACUGCUGGAAACGGAAUAGUGGUCACCAUUCUAAGUAUGGACACCGGUAACCUGAGCAACAGUGCCAUCAUGGUAGAAACCCACCAAGACGACCCUAAUGAUUCUGUCCCAAGGAACACCUUUGCCAGGGUUGUUGUACCCAUCGAGGUAGCCCAAGUUUUCACUACUCCAGAGUUCACGGAAGGCCCUUCAAGUUCUAAUUACACUACCAAUGGAGACAACCACGGCACAACUACCGCUUCAGGAGUGUCUAGUGGUCCUGUGAAAAUGGUGGAUGAAAGCGCUAUCGAGUCUCUCAGGGUUUCUUUCGUUGUGUAUGCCAAUGAUGUCAUGUUUCCUUCACCAAGUCUUGCUCUACUCAACCGGGAGAUUAAUACACCAGUGGUGUCCUUAACAAUCGGUGGACAGAAGAUAGAGGAUCUCAUGGAGCGUGUCAAUAUCACUUUCUAUAGAUUCGAGCCUGACUCCAGCGAUCCUACUUGUACCUUCUGGGAGUUUAAUCUUGGUAAAUGGUCUGUGGAGGAAUGUCAACUGUUACCUGAUAACACCGUCAAUAGCUCCAGUAAUGAAUACUACACAUGCGCCUGCGACCACCUGACCAGCUUUGCCGUUUUAGUGAACAUACAUGUUGAUGCAGUACCUCCGAAAUCUGCACUCCGUAUAUUGAGUAUCAUUGGGUGUGCUAUAUCAUGUCUGUGUCUGGUCAUCGCUAUCGCAUCCUAUCUUACUAUCAAGAAUAUACAUCAGAGUACCAAGAUUUUCAUCUGUCUUUGCACUACCCUGCUCUGUUUUUACACCGUCUCCCUCGCCAUCAUCGCUCUCGACACAAAGUUCCAGCAUGCCGAGGUCGAGUUGAUACCGUGUACCGUCUUGGCGACACUCGUCCACUACUUCGUGCUCUCUUCGCUUACGUGGAUGGGCAUCGAGGGGUUUAGUCUGGCCAUUAUAAAACGUAUUGAUAAUCACAUCUCGAUGACCAAAGUUUCGAUUGUAGGAUGGGGUAUCCCGGCUGUGAUUGUUGCCGUAACUGGGGGAAUCACUAGGAACUAUUAUGCUGUCAAGGAUUAUUGUUACAUCCGGAAAUGGCCCCUGAUUGGUGGUCUCCUGAUCCCAAUGGCCAUCAUCCUCAUCAUCAAUAUCACUGUGUUCAUCCUGGCAAUGUGUCGUGUGGAAAAAUCUGUACGAACUUCAGGGCGUGUGAAGAAGGACCGCAAGACCGAACGACAUGAGACCCUAAAACGGAUCCAGAAUGGCAUCGCCACGUUGAUCCUGCUUGGCUGCACCUGGACUACUGGAUACCUGGCCCUGAUCAAUGUGGACUACACUGAACUCCUCUUCAUCAUCUUCAACUCUUUGCAAGGCUUCUUCAUCUUCGUCCUCUAUUGUCUUCGUAACACAGAAAUCAGGAAGAAUUGGCGACGUUGUAUUUGCAGUCGACUGUUGAGGAAAAGUGGCAGGUGGAGUCCCAAGGAAGUUCCGGACGAACACCAAUAGCUACGAGUGGGACUAUGUUCGAAUCUUCGUCUCCCAUACCUCAUACCAAUCCAUAUUUUGAACAAUAAAAUUAGAUAUCAAACCAUCAGGCUGCGAUGAUUAACGUGUGAACGAUUAAUCUUUUGUGACUAAUAGCCAGCAAAUGAUUCUUGCAGUAAACACAAGCACAAAGACUUUGAUGUAAUCAGGUCAAUCUCUAUUCCAUUGAAAUUAUGUUCGAAUUACGUGAUAUAGCAUAGUUGUGUUUCCAAAUUUCAUUAUGUAACGCUUCAGUCUCUUGAAAUUUGCCUAAAGUUGAUUUUUUUUGUGUGUGAAAGUUUUGCGAUCGUGUUGUGUUAAGAUUUGUAUGUAAUUUUAAUAUUGAUGUAAUUAUGUAAUUUUAUGAGGACGCUUUGUAGUUUGUCAUUUACUGUUGGUGGUAGGGACUAUCUGACUAUUUUGUAAUGAUUAUAUGUAAAUGAGCUUAGGUUGAUACACAAUCAUGUAUGAUGUGAGUGUAGGAUAUUUGUUUGAAUGAUUAAAUGGCACAUUUGUAUAUAAACAUAAUUAUAUACAAUAACGCGAAUAUGUUGUAGAGGGGUAGUUUGGUGUUAAGGCUUUUGUUUGGUUUAUUGUUCCACACUCAUUACAAAUUACAAUGCUCUCUCAUACAUAAGUUUUAACAAGAGAAUGCAUUAAACAAUGACAGAAAUGUAACAUAGAAAAUUGAUGAUGUGACAUUAUGUGGAACCUAAUAAAAGACACAGCUUGUAUAAUAUAUGUUCCCGAAUUAAAUUCAAAAUAUUUUAACUGAUUUCGAUAGCAAUAAAGAAAGACGUACUAAAAGUUUGAGUUACUGACAUAUUCGCAUCAUGAAUAACAUUUAAGCUAGUUUUGCGGUCACAAAUGACAAUACCAGAUGCUUCAAUUAAAAUAUACUUUAGAUGAGAAGAAA